AUGGCGACUUCUUCAAUCACUAUACCAACCAUUCGAUCUCCGAUCCGGAGAACGAAGUUUCUCGGCCAAACCCAUCUGUUUUCAACCGCAAACCGAUCUACUUUCCCGCCUCCGAAACAGCAAUUAAACGCUCAUCAAGUAAAGGCGAUGGCUAAAUUCAAUCUAUGGGAAGUGAUGGGAGGAAGAGGGUUAUGCAACGGAGAGAAAGGUAUCGAAAAGGAGCUCAAGAGGAACAUAGAGGAAAAGCAAGAGACACCAAAAGCAGAGAACGAGACGGAGAAAGCGAACGACGACAAUAACUUGUCGUUUCAAGUACCCGAAGGCGGUUUCGACAAAGAGAUGAUGGGUCUCACCGGAGGAUUCCCCGGCGGCGAAAAGGGAUUGCAAACGUUCAUCGAACAAAACCCACCUCCACCACCACAGCCACCUGCGAAACGAGGAACCGAUGCAUCCGCGGUUGCUGCCGAGAAGAAGCCGAAAGCGAAAGCGCCCGAGCUGCCGCUUCUCAUGCCGGGGAUGAUCGCUAUAGUAAAGAACCGGAACAGUCCGUAUCACAUGUACUGUGGGAUCGUGCAGAGGAUCACCGAUGGCAAAGCAGGUGUCUUGUUCGAAGGAGGAAACUGGGACCGGCUCAUUACUUUCAGGCUUGAAGAGCUUGAACGAAGAGAAAAAGGCCCACCGGGUAAGAAUCCAAAGUCUUGUGUUCUUGAGCCUCUUAUCGAACAGUUGCAGAAGGAAGCAUCGCCAUAA